UAUAAUGUGGAGUGCAAUAUCGCCGACAAAUUCCAAGAAACUACUGAUUGGCAGAACCCGAAGCGUCGACUAUGUCGGAAACAAUCGCCAGUAUCAUCAACAGCAGCAGCAGCAACUACAACAACAUCACCUCGACGAGCAUCAUCAGCACAAGCAACAAGAAAAGCAUAAGCAACAGCAACAACAGCAUCAACAAGAAAAGCAACAGCAACAGCAACAGCAAAGGCAAAAGCAAAGGCAACAACCGCAAAUACAUAACGCAUCGAAGGCAAUACCAACACCAACACCAACGGAGAAAGUUACAGCAACACCAGUGCCAACAGUCACAGCUACAGUCGCAGCUACAACCACUACUCCAGCGAAUCGACAGGCGACACCAACUAAAAACGCGGCAACAGCAACAGCAACGGCAGCAGCGUCGAACGCCACAAACAAUAAAACCCAAUCGACCAAAAUCUCAAUCCGCAUCACUCUGGAGGGUGGUGCGGAGCCCCCAUGGCUGCAGGGCCCCCUUAAAGCGGCAUUUUUGGGGGCCUCCGGCGUCGGUAAAACCAGCAUAUUGCAGCAAUUUUUCUAUCACGACUUCCCGAAGACCCAUCAGACAACGACACGCAAAAAAAUCUACAAAAGCUGUCUGGUGUGCGACACUUGCAUACGCGAGCUGAUGGUACUCGACGUUCCGCCCCAGAAACGAUUCCCGGCUGAUAACUUUGCCGAAUGGAAUAAUGGACAUCCGUUGGGGUUGCGAACCGUACAUGCAUAUGUUUUAGUAUUCGAUAUGGGCAACUUGGAAACGUUUCAGUACUGCCGUGCGAUGAGAGAGCAAAUAUUGGAUAGUUUUAGUCAUCGUGAUUUUAGUAUAAUAGUAAUUGGUAAUAAAUACGAUACGGUCACCGAGGUGCUGGCUACUUCACAGGAGCUGAAGGAUAUUUCAACGCUAGUGCGCAAACAUUGGCGCUGUGGCUAUGUGGAAUGUUCAGCCAAAUAUAACUACAAAAUUGGCGAUGUAUUCCGAGAACUAAUGGGCUGUACGAGCACCGGUGCCAUUGUCAGCGAAUUCACACAAUCAACUAGGAAUAAAGGUCGUUGCACAAUACUUUAGCGUUAUCUGCACAAAUUCUUUAGAGAGAGCAUAUGAGGCGCAGUAAACGUAAGAGAGCUGCAGCUGCAGGCGCUCUUAGCCAACAUAAAAUCGCCCACAGCAAUCAAAAUCUAACGAAACGCCGCCAUAAUUGCAAAGCAAUAAAGUUCAGAAAUCCACCUUUAAUUCAAAAUUAGCAGCUGUAAGCCCUCAUCAAUGCGGAUUGGUAAUAUGUAAUACAUACAUAUAUAUAUUUACAAGUAGAUAUGGGCAAGUAGGCAAUAGAUUUAGAUAAACCUAUUCGAAAAGCAGUUUUUGUAGAAGAAAAAGUCAAAUAAUGUGAAAUUUAAUAAAGAAGUGAGACCAAAAAAGCUACUCUUGAUUAGUUAAAAAUUGCCAAAUUUGCUACUAUUUACCAAACAAACCAAAAACAAAACAAAUCAUAAUUAAUUUAUAUUUACAUUCCAUCUUUUCUUAAUAUUCCAAAAUCUCGAUACUAACACCCAAUCCUAAAGGCAUUUUUGUUUUGAAUAAUUAAUUAUUCCCAGCGAUUUGCCAUCUCCUACCCAGCUUACACGAAGAGCGCAGCCCGCUUGACGGAUAUUUUUGUUCGCUAUGCAGAUCAUGAAAGGCACCAGUUUCUUAAAUGCCCAGAUCGAUCAGCUACAGAACGAAAUUGAAGAGCGGAUUGUAUUUCUGUAUUGCUCCACGAUCAUUCAUUGCGAGAACGGCCAAAAUUUUUGGAUAUUUAAAUAUUUGACAUGCAUUUUUGUCCACUUCAAAUGGGGCAUAAUUUUUUGGGUCAUGUACGAAUUAAGCAUAAUUUUAUGAUAGUGCAAAAACAGGACAUACAUUUUUGAUCAUUUAAAAACUCUGCAUAACCAAAAAGGCGUUUAAAAUCACAUUGGAUCACGUAAAAGCUGGAUAUAAUUUUUGAUGAUUUAAAAACCGAGCAUAC